CUGUAUCCCCUCCGUGAAUUCAGAACCAAAAGCCCAAGCAAGAAGUGAGACGACGAAACUCUUUAUUUCAGAAACAAACCCCAAACAGAAAGGCUCCAACUCAGUUAGCCGUACAAGAACCGAACGCACAGCCAAAAAAUAAACACACUAUGGCAGUCACAUCUAAUCUCAUCAAUUUCACCUCUCUCGUUCUGAAUUCUCCCACUUUCUCUGCCAUCAGGAAGCCCUCCGUUUGCUCUAUUCCUUUCAACAAUACUCGUGGCCUCAGGACCGACUCAAUCUCGAGUUUUGCCACCAAUGGCUCAAGAACGCACAGACCAUUUUCGGUCCAGGCCAUGGCUUCCUCGUUCGGGUCUCGGCUCGAAGAUAGCGUGAAGAAGACGGUGACCGAAAACCCUGUUGUUGUUUACUCCAAAACUUGGUGCUCGUACUCAUCUGAGGUGAAAUCGUUGUUCAAAAGGCUUGGUGUGCAGCCAUUUGUCAUUGAAUUGGACGAACUAGGUCCCCAAGGGCCACAAGUGCAGAAGGUUCUUGAGAGGCUUACUGGGCAACAGACUGUUCCAAAUGUUUUCAUUGGAGGCAAGCAUAUUGGCGGAUGUACAGAUACAGUGAAGUUGUACCGGCAAGGAGAGCUUGAACCUUUGCUCUCAGAAGCCAAAGCCAAAAGUACAGAAAGCUAGCCCUUGGAAAUGUUCUCUAAAAGAUUUUGACCCCAAUCGAACCUUGGACUUUUCGAGGAAGAAUGUCACUUCUAUUGCUCUACAAAUAUCAUAUACCAUAUGACUGAAUCAUCUUUGCUAGUGUACUCAUACUAAGCCCUCGAGCUAUGGUAGACUAUUGGCAGUUGAUGGGAUUGGAAACGCAGAAGGUUGGAUGUGGUGGAAACAGUGAAUUUUUGUUUAUUUGGUUGCUGUGGAAUUGAAUUUCUUAUUUGGUUUUCGAGUACACGUGAUCUCUUGGGAAUCCAAA